AUUAAUCUGCAACAAUAUCGUGUGUGCAUCUCUUCGCUCAUUCUUCAAAUUCAAUUCAUCACUCUUAUUCAUUCCUUCCACAACGAUCUCCACUCUGAACCCUAGCUACUCCCUCUCUCCCAUAAUUCCGAUGACAUUUUGCUUCAGAGUUUGCAUAAGGAGUAUUGCUUUAACUCUUUUCGCGUCUUAAUUCUUUUUUCUUGAUAUUGGAAGAUCCUAACUGGUUCAGAAUAAUGCAACGCAGUGUGCUAAAAAGAACACGUGACGGUACCAGGGCUAUUAUCACAACAAUUAUAGCAAUUGCCUUUGGAAUUUUUAUUGGUAUUUCAAUUCCAUCUAUUCAUUUAUCUAAGAUUAACUUAUCUUCAAACUUAGCAAAUUCUUUUGAUGUACCUAUAUCUGAAAUAGACAGAUUCAACGCUGAUGUACACAAAUCUCAAACUAUUAAUGACAAAUCUUCUGGAACCAAGCGUAUUGAAUUCCUUGGGUCCAUGAAAUUACCAAAGAUGUAUGUUCCAACCAAUCCUCAUGGAGCAGAACGACUACCCCCAGAAAUUGUUGUAUCAGAAUCUGAUUUUUAUUUGCGCAGAUUAUGGGGUGAGCCUAGUGAGGAUUUGAAGAAAAAGCCAAAGUAUUUAGUAACAUUCACUGUUGGCUAUGAUCAAAGAAAUAAUAUUGAUGCUGCAGUCAAAAAGUUCUCCGAUGAUUUCACGAUUUUGCUCUUUCAUUAUGAUGGAAGAACUAGUGAAUGGGAUCAAUAUGAAUGGUCAAAGAAUAUAAUCCAUAUUAGUGCUAGGAAACAAACCAAAUGGUGGUAUGCUAAAAGGUUUUUGCAUCCUGAUAUUGUGGCAGCGUAUGAAUAUAUUUUUAUAUGGGAUGAAGAUCUUGGAUUGGAUAAUUUCAACGGAGACGAGUAUAUUAAUUUGGUUCAAAAACAUGGUCUGGAGGUAUCACAGCCUGGACUCGGUGCCAAUAGCGGAUUUACAUGGAAGAUGACAAAGAGGAGGGACGAUACAGAAGUUCACAAAUUAACAGAUGAGAGACCUGGCUGGUGUACUGAUCCAAAUUUGCCUCCUUGUGCCGCAUUUGUGGAAAUUAUGGCUCCUGUCUUUUCUCGAGAAGCUUGGCGUUGUGUCUGGCAUAUGAUCCAGAAUGAUUUAGUGCAUGGAUGGGGAUUGGAUUUUGCUCUCAGAAGAUGUGUAGAGCCAGCACAUGAAAAAAUUGGUGUGGUUGAUUCACAAUGGAUUGUUCAUCAAGUAAUUCCUUCUCUUGGAAACCAGGGAGAAGCUGAUGAUGGAAAAGAUAAAUGGGAUUCGGUAAAAACGAGAUGCAGAAGUGAAUGGGCUGAAUUCCAAAAUCGUCUCACCAAUGCUGAUAAGGUGUAUCUUAAUGGACUAAGAAGAUUUGUGAAGGGUUAACAUAUGAAGCCAAUUCAAAUGUACAUGUUUUACUUAUAUUUAAAAUAGUGUUAUAUUUAUCAAAGGAAAGAAAAUUACAUCUUAUGUCUUAGGCUAAUUGCCACUAACAGCUUGUCUUCUGCACCUAAUUUCCAACCAAGACCAGCUAAUAGUGACAGUUUUGGAUGAUAGUAAUUUGUUUGUGGUCCAAGAUUUGAAAGUCUUGGUAUCGAACUAGAUAUAGCACACUACCAAAUUUUGUUGAGAUUGUCUCUAAAGUUAAAAGCAAAAUGGAAAUUUACCCAUUUUUGGACAAUGUAGUAAACCCACCAUGCUCUAUUUUAGAUGGGUUGAUUGUGAGAUGAAUCUGGUUUGUCGUCUCUAUUUUUGUAGGACUGUUUGUAUUCUCUUCUCAGCAUAAAUUAAAAUCAAAAUUGCCUUCUCUA